CUCUGAUCAUGGACGGCGCUGAAGACGACGACGAUCUCAAGCUCAUCAAAGCAUCGGCUGGGCUACUUGCAGAUCUCGAAUCCGACCUACCCCAAGUGUUAUGGCACAAACUCAAAACCCCAUCUGCCAGAAGAAGGGCACACAAAUAUGUCAAGAGACGUGAUCUGAAUCGGCUUGUUCAACUUAUUGAACCAUUUCAAGGCGAACCACAGCUUCUCGAUGCGAAGUUGAAGACCAUCUUGCCACCAUUAGUGGAUGCCUAUCUGGAAUACCUUCGAUACGGCCCUGUUCAAGCUCCUUCUCAUCAUGACUUCCAAUCUGCUACCUGUACUCUGCUCUACACGCUCUGUAAAGUUCGCGGGUACAAGAUCAUCGUGGGGUUCUUGAGCAAUGAACCAAAAUACCUCGAACCGAUCUUGGAAAAGCUCGAGCAGACUGUAACUGCAACGAGCGAGGAAGCAAAUGCUUGGCAAGUUCCAUAUGUGCUGCUGCUGUGGUUGUCUCACCUCCUUCUCGCUCCAUUCGACUUGAGCUCUAUCUCCGCGACAGAACCUCCAGCAGAUUCGACAACCUAUCUACAGCUCCAUCAAUUGCCACGGCUAGCGAAAAGAGUUCUUCGGGUUGGACUAAUUUAUCUCAAGUCUCCCACAAAAGCGCAGGAUGCGGCUGCUGCGAUGCUCGUGAGGCUUUCUGUGCGGCCUGACAUUCUCGAUGCACGCCUCGGAAAUGCCUUGCUAGAUGCGAAGCUGCCACAAUUGUCCACGGCCACCGCCAGCACGACUGACACAUACGAAGUCUUGGGUGCUUUGAAGCUGCUCGCUGGCAUAGCUGCAGCUGCAGAACUCAGUCAUCUGGUGCCGGCCAUAUAUCAGGGCUGUGAGGAAGCUUUCGAGGACGAGGCGAACGGUAUCCUCAGCUCAAAUGCUGUGGCAAAGAAGAUUGCAAUCAAGACUCUGCGCAACAUCGCUAUCUUAUCACUACGCUCAGCUGGCUCAAAUGGGAAUUUGCUCGACUUCCUCCAAUCCACGGAUGUACUCGAGAACGUCAUCGACUAUCUCUUGCGAUCGUUAGCAGACAAGGACACGCCGGUCCGGUAUGCCGCCGCCAAAGCUAUCAGUCUCCUCGUACUCGAGCUAGAUCGUGACAUGGGACACGAAGUCAUCCAAGCCGUCUUGGACUCGUUCAAGGAGGACCUGCCUAGAUCAUUGAGUGGCAUGGACUUUGCGACUGCCAAUCCCUUAAGAUGGCAUGGACUCACCUUAGCUCUAUCGCAUACCCUGUUCAAGCGAUCUGCUUCGCCAGAGCAGCUCCCCGACAUUCUUGACGCACUGAUCUCAGCCUUACAGUUUCAACAGCGUACAAGUACAGGUACCAUGCUGGGCACCAACAUCCGUGACGCUGCAAAUUUCGGCAUCUGGUCACUUGCCCGAAGAUACACCACCGAAGAGCUGUUGUCAGUUUCUGCGAACAGCUUGUUCAAGAGCAACCGAAUGGCGGAAGAAGACUCCAUUAUACAAACUCUGGCAAGUCAGCUCAUCCUAUCCGCCUGCCUCGACCCGUCCGGCAACAUUCGAAGAGGGUCUUCGGCUGCACUGCAAGAAGUGGUUGGCAGGCAUCCGAACAAGGUCAUUGAAGGAAUCUCUCUUGUGCAGAUCGUGGACUAUCAGGCCGUGAGUCUGAGAAGUCGUGGCAUGGUUGAUGUGGCCAAUAACGCUGCCGCCCUUCAUCCUCGCUACUGGCAAGCUGUCCUCGAUGGGCUUCUGGGCUGGCGUGGCCUAGGAUCUGCCGAUGUACUCUCACGCGAGGGUACUGCGGCUUCGGUCACGAGGCUUGCUCUCAACACACCGGGAUCGAUUUCGACUGAUGUACUGCAAGAUGUCCUCAAGCUGAUUGAGGCGUGUCCGGCUCAAGAGGUAGAACGACUUCAUGGUCUAGCUCUCGUUGGUGCGCAAGUUACAGAGGCCCACACACCUUCAGCCAUGAGGCACAUGGGAUCACUUCGAACUGCAUUCGGAGCCCUCCAAGCAGCUGCUAAAGAUUUCUCGCCGCGCGUACUGCGAUCUGAAUAUCCCGCAGCUCUUGCGCGAUACUUGACGGCAUUCUGCCAUGCACUUGAAAUUGAUGCAGGUCACAGCUCAGUUUGUGACAAGGUACUCAUCGACAGCAUAGACGAGACUGCCGACCGGCUUCUCAAUCGUCACAAUCUGGUUGUCAUACCCGAUCUCGUUCGCGCCAUGCUGAAGCUCAAGCGAGCAGUGCAAGCACCUCUUGGUUGCAUAGAAGCUGAAACUUUGGCCCAACCUGUUGCGAAAGAUGCGAUGAAAAGCACAUUGCAGAAUGCUGGCCGAGCCAUGGCGCUUGGCGCUUUGGCAUCGUCUUACGCUCAUACUGGGCUUAUGGGCAACGAGGCAGUAGUCGCAACCACAACUCUAUGUGCACUACUGGAUUCUGUCAACGUGGAUUGGCGCAUCAUGGGCGCCCAAGCACUCCAUCUGGUGGUACAACGCGUGCAAGACACCGAUGUGAUUGACCCAAGCAUUGCUCAGAUGCUCUGUGCCGCGAUGCAUCGAGGCUUGAAUGACUACACCAUCGACGAGCGUGGUGACAUCGGCUCGUUGGUAAGACUCCAGUGCAUUAGUUGCACGUCCCAGGUCUUCGACACUCCGGCUUUCAGCUCGCACGAGCAGGCAAUUCAAACUUUGGAAGCGGACAUCUAUCGAUUGUCUUUGGAAAAGCUUGAUCGAGUCCGGCUGCAAGCAGCAAAAUGCUCCAGUCAGUACCUGAUAAAGCAAGUGCCUGCUACAGAUGUGGCCAGCGUAUCAUCACCGGCUUACUUCCAGCUCGUGCUUGCGCCACUUUGGCGACACGACCCUCCAGGAUAUGUUCAGCAAGCAUUGAUGCAGGGGUGCAUCUCCUGCGCGGGCUCGGGUGCUGAGCCUUUACUCCAAGCUUCACGUCAGGUGCUAGCUAGCGGAUUGCAAGCAGCAGAUACAACGAUACUGGAAUGCUUCUUCUCGACUUUCAUUACAGUUGUGAAAGAACAGCUUUCUACACCCACGACGAAUUUGCAACCUGCACUCGCAUUUCUGGCCUUCCUUCUAGAUAUGCAGCUCUCACAACGUCUUGGCUCGUCUUCAACGUUCAAGUGGCGGAACUUACUCUCCGUUGUGCAGAAGUCGCACCACAAGUCGAACGAAAUCCCGAAGAUUCUGGCAGCUGUUCAUGUGUACACUGGGCUUGCUGAUGUGCCAGCGAUACGUAUGGAGACGAUGAAGAAGCUGCUGAGCAUGCUGAAGACCAACCCUUAUCCCCAUGUCAGGAUAGCAGUGGCAGAGGCUUUGUAUGCCAUCACGGCAGAUGAGGCUUUGCUGAAGUGCGACUGGGCGAGACCAGCGAAGGAGAAUGCACAUGCUGUCGAGACUCUUGCGAGGUAUGCUCAAGAGACUUGAGCUGCUCUAGUCGACAUUAUGGGAUCUUCAGCUAAACGCGAAAAGUCACUACUACGAGCAUGGUCUUCUGAGCCUGGCAACGAGUAAUUACGUUUCUUGAAGUGACAUCUGAGGUGGGAUGCAGGGCCGUCGCCUGAACUGAGACCAGGAUUUAAGCUUAUUAGAAUGCGCGUCUUCAGAUGGUUAGACCACGACAGUUGAAGAAACAUCUCGAAACAUCAAGUGUCGGAAGGAAAUGCCAUUGAAUGAACAUGGUCAGCGUGACAGUGCA